UGUGAUGAAUAGGAUCUGGCAACCCUCUAACCGCCCCAUGUGUUAGCUCGCCACUAGCCUGAAUGCUGUUUUUGAUUCAUUUGUCAAAAUCUGAGCUGCUCAUCUGACAUAAUUCAAUUAAACACGAUUUCAACUGACACAUAUAUCGUUUGCCAUUGAUGAAAAUGACAGCGAUAGCGAUACCAGAAAAUACUAGAGUCUUUCUCCUGGAUAUCGAAGGAACCACGACGCCCAUCACGUUUGUUAAGGACAUCUUAUUUCCAUACAUCAGAGAGAAUCUGGAGGAGCAUCUGUCUGCUCACUGGGAAGAGGAUGAAUGUAAACAAGAUGUACAUCUACUUAAAAAACAGGCUGAAGAAGAUGUGAGGCAACAUAAAGCAUGUGCGGUCCAUGCAGUUGAUCAGACAGUACACACAGAUGAGGAGAAGGCCAUUCGUGAGGUUGUGGAGAAUGUGCUUUGGCAGAUGGAUGCGGACCGGAAAACCACUGCACUUAAACAACUGCAGGGCCACAUGUGGAGAGCCGCCUAUCUGACAGGCAGAAUCAAAGGCGAGGUGUACCAGGAUGUGGUUCCAGCCAUCAGAAGUUGGAGACAUCAUGGUCUGAAGGUCUACAUCUAUUCCUCAGGAAGUGUGGAAGCACAGAAACUGCUGUUUGGCUAUUCUGUUGAAGGUGAUCUGUUAGAUCUUUUUAAUGGUCACUUUGAUACCAACAUUGGUGCCAAAGUAGAAAGUAAAAGCUAUGAGUGCAUCGCAGAGAGGAUCGGCUGCCAACCAGAAGAAAUCAUGUUCUUAACCGAUGUCACACGAGAGGCAAAGGCAGCAGAGGAUGCUGGAGUAAAUGUGGCCGUUGUAGUAAGACCUGGUAACAUGGAGUUAACUGAAGAGGAAAGGAGCCAUUAUAAAAUCAUCACAUCUUUCAGCCAAUUAGAACUGAUUGGGAGUGUUUGACAGCAAAGAACUGGG